GAAUUGAAAAGAAGAAGAAACGUGUUUAUUUACCUUUUGAAAUGUCGAACUCUGGAGAGGAUUUUCAGGUGGUUACUCGGAAGAAAUGGAUGGCCCGAAAGUGCCUGAGGCGACGGGAUCGCCACAAAUCCGAGAGCGAUUAUUUAAUCGACUGCCCGGAUGUGAAUGUGAAGAAAUUUCAACCACGUCUGGAGAACUUGUGCACCGAGAUGUGUCAAAGUGAUUAUUUCAUAAUGGCCGUGGAAACAUUACAACAGCAGCUUGAAGGCAUAAAAAAACCACUGGAGCGAAUUGUCUGCCUUGGCCUGGGACCAUUUUCUCGCACCUACCAUGCCCUUCAUCAGGCCGCUUUCGUGAUUGGACUGCAGCGGCACCACAAGAUCACGGAGGCUAUUUACUUUGAUCCUGUUUUCAGGGAUAGCGAGAAGGAACUAAUCCGCCUGUUCGACGGACGUGUAAUGAGCGAAGACUGCGCUGGCAAAGACGAGGCGAAGGUGCCCACGCUCUACUAUCUACCACAUUGCCCAUACGCCCUGAUGCACAACAUCUUGUGGUGUAACUGGAAAAGAGAAACACUGCCCAAUGUUUUCCUCAUUUCAAACAGUUUUGAGAUGCUGACAAUGACGCCGAGAAGUCAAGAUGAUCACAUAACACGGAUAGUUGAACAUUGCACAGAGACACCUCUGGAGGACGAUUACGAGCACCAUAAUGUAUUCAAUGACUUAUCACUGCACACAUUUCCCACGGAGUCCCUGCCAGCCAUCGAGGACCUAGCCUUUUGGACACGAUGUGCUCCCUUGAAGGUGAACGAGGAUGAGCUGAUUACAGAAACAGAGACGAAUUUUGCCGCCCUAAAGUUGGAAUCGGAGUAAAUUCAGUUUCUAGUUUUUAAGAGUAAUGCAAUAAACACGUGUUUAUAAAAGUGUUCAUGUAAUGAUAUAAAAAUACCAAUUAAUGC